AUGCACACCAUGGAUACUUUGGGCUACGGCCACAAGAAAUAUCGGCCGCCUCUCUCUCCGUCUAACUUCUACCAACAUGAUUAUUACUCCAGGCACGCUACUCUCCGCCCACAGAGUGAAUAUAGAUUUGCGGGCAGUGGAUACGCUCGUGCCCCUAGCAGUGGACGGAGUGGCGGGCUGUGCUCCGCAGCGCUGGUUGGUGGUGCUCUAUUGGCUGCAGUAGCUGUGCUAGCUGUAGCCGCACUAGCCUUCUAUAUGGGCGCACUUCGUCCGGACAAUGGCGAACCAAUAAUGACUUUUGAAGGCACAUUUCGAGUGACAAGAGGAGAUGUUUAUGGUGGAGCCCCGGGAAGUCCAGCGUGGAGAGAACGCGCGAGGCGAUACGGAGCAUCGCUACGACAAGUGUAUGCGGCGCCUUCAGCAUUGCGACAAGCUUUCGCGGGAGCUCUAGUAACAGGCUUUGGUGAUCGACGUCUCGAUGUACAUUUUAAAUUAUAUCUUGAUAGAAGAAAAAUACCAAGUUCCAUUACUAAUAUAGAGGAAACGUUGAAAGGCAUAUUGGUACAAGAUUUAAUAUCAAAACAUCCAGCAUUCGGCCAAAUAAAAAUUGAUACGUCAAGUAUAGUCAUCAAAAGGGAUCUAGAGCAUACAUAUCAUUCUGAACAAUAUGUGAAAGAAGCAAUGAACGAAAGUAUAGCAAUUAAUAAUCCAAAAGUAUUAUCACCUCCAAAUACUAAAGAUAAAACAUUACAGAGUAGGAUAGGUGUAGUACGUAAGACUACAUUAAAACCAAAUCCAGCAUCAAAGAAUGAUCCAGAUGAGCCAGAUAUUGAUACUGAAAAUAUACCUGUUGUCCAAGGUUCUUUUCAAAUCACUAAAACUGAAGCCGAUAUAACGGAAAGUAAGCAUAACGCAAGCCCCGCACGGCAUGAAGAAAAGCCUAAUCAAAAACAAAUGACAACUACAAAGACAACUACAACAACGAAAGCACCUACAACUAAACCUCCUAUACUUAGAACUACUACAACUAAACGAUUUCCUUCUACUACGUCAAAGAAUCGGCCCUUUACUAUCAAAUCAUCUUUUAAUAUUAAACCAAAGACGGAAACAAAUUCUAAUAAAGAUGUAAAUAUUAAUGAAUCAACAAUUACUUUACCAACAAUACCUAAAUCAAGUUCAACUACAUCCUCAACUACGACGACGAUGGCAACAACAACAAAAAAUGUAUCUCAAAUUUUGUAUGAUCUUCUGACAAAUGAAAAUCACGACAAAGAUUUGCCUAAAAUUGACACAUUAUUUACUGUCCCACAUGUAAUUGACAAUGAGCCCUGGAAACCUAUAACAAGGCCUUAUUAUGAGGUAACAAGCGAAAAAUCUAUUGCAUUAAAUAAAGAAAUAGCAGAUCAAGGUGCAGAAGACAGAAUAGGCGUAGCAGAAGUUAUUGAAGAUGUUGGUUUGUUAGAAAGUAUAUUAAAUCCUACAAAAAUUAAUAAACCAAUUGAAAAAACUACACGCAAACCUUCAGGGCUUUAUAAUAUUGACCCCAAUUUAGCUGCAGAUGUAUAUAUACCCAGUCCAGUUUACACAAGUUUCACACUACCAGCUUUUGCACCACCAAUGAAAGAUAUGGAAACUCUUGGGUCUAGUUAUCCUAAGCCACACCCACUACCAGUCGAUAAAAUAAGCGGUGUUGUAGAAGUGGUACAUGAAAAUAUUUCAAAUAAUGAUUACAAUGAUGGAAAACCAAUUGUAAGACCGCCAAAAGAUAAAACCACUUCGGUGACCCUAAACGUUAUACAAUUUGAUCAAAAUGACAACAGUACUGAGAGAGUGCCCAUAGAAGGUAUAUCCAUAGUUAAAAAACAAAAUAGUACUACUACUACUAAUAAAACUACAACAUCGACAUCAACACAAAAAACUAUAACUGAAACUGAACAAACACAUACUACUGUUUCGCAUACGAUGGAAAUAUCGACAAAAAAGCCUUCUGAAAAUAAAACUACCACUAUCAAAAUAGACAAUACAACUAAACGCCCCAACAAUAAAGUUUCUAUAAUACCUUCAACAAUUUUACCUCAUCAUACUUGGGAACUAGUUAACACCUCUACAAAUAAUAAUGAAACUCACGUAAAAAUAUCUCCUCAAAAAUAUUACAAUGAUACGUUGCAAGCAAUCAUCACGAAAAAUGAAGCCAUUUCUCCUAGUACGACUCCAAAAUUUCCAAGUAAAAGUUCUAUACUACGAAAUUUGACUGACAUAAUUAAGCGAUAUUCUCAAAAUAUUUCAGAAAAGCCAAUUGAAUUAUCAACUCCACUUGUAACUGAAAGACCCAAGAGUGUGUUAACAAAAACUGAAAGUGAAGAAAACGAAGAUCGAGACUCCCAAAAUGAUAGGACAGGAUUUGUUGAAGUGGUUCUAGAUGAAGAAGUUGAAACUACAACUGCCAGAGUAAUAACAUUAAUGCCCGCUAAAUCCAAUUUAGGUCUCAAUCGGCCAUUACGGCCUCGACCAAAAAUAGAAACACAAACAUUAAAUGAAAAUAAGCGAAGUUUUAUAAGUGACACUGAUACAAUUUUUGAUCAUGAGAAUAUUGACGAUGUGAUUCACAAUUUAUCUGAAAACAUUCCACAGGCUUCUGAAAUUGUUACUAUGUCCACUAGUUUUAACGACGCUAUAAAAGAAGGUGAUGCUUACUCUUUAACCUUAAAUGAUUUUUUUAACAAAUCUGAUAUAUCUAGUACUCCCAUUUCUAGUGGAAACAGAUUACCAAAAUCUAAGGAUGAUUUUAUUUAUACGCAUAAUAAUGACUAUACAAAGCAUGUUUUAGAGAAUACCGACAAAUCUGUUAUUCCUGAUGGUACUUACAGAGUAUCAUAUCAUGUGACUGGAAGCGUAAGUAGUAAGCAGGCAAAUAAAACACAAAAUCUUCCAGCUUACGAAUUGGCUCUACAACCAGACGUAGUGCUGGAAAUACCUACUAACCAAACUAGCGCGUUAACAAUCGAUAAAUUACGUCAACUAGCAAGUCUGGCGACUAUCUCUGAUUAUAAAAACAAUAGUUUAUUUCGUUCUCCCGGCGGAGUAAUUUCCACUAAGGCUAUUCCUUCUAGUUAUACACUCAAUCAGGCAGGAUUUAAAAUAUUGACAAAAACUUAUAAUAAAGUUCAAAAUUCGAAGGACGAGAAUAAUAAUUUAGGUAAGCCAGAAAAAGUAUACAGCAAACCAGUUGCUACAAAAUUUCAAAAAGAAAAAGAUAAUCUAAAAGAAAAAAUUGAAGAAGACACAUGUAAUACUACAACAUCGUUCUUGUGCGGUAGUGGUGCAUGCCUUCCUGCGACAUCUCGAUGCAAUAGACUUUUAGAUUGUCCUGGAGGUGAAGACGAACAUUCUUGCUCUUGCGCAGAUUAUUUACGUGCUGAGUUUUCACAGUCAAAAAUUUGUGAUGGCUUCGUUGAUUGUUGGGACUAUUCAGAUGAAAAUAAAUGUGAAUGGUGCAAAGAAAGCCAAUUUGUUUGUGCUAACGCUCGCCAAUGUGUUGACAUGACGAAAGUAUGCGACGGUACCCCUGACUGUCCUCUUGGAGAUGAUGAAAAGAGCUGCGUAGCAUUAGGCGACAAUAUCGAAACUAAUGAAGUAAUUCCUUACAACGAAGAAGGUUUUGUGAUGGUGCGUAAACGUGGCGUAUGGGGUAGAUUAUGUGUAGAGAACUUUGAUGACGUAGUUUCACAAGCGCAUAGUACACUUAAACUACCAGAUUUAGGAAGAGCAGUGUGUCGGGCUAUGACCUUUCAUGAUUCACCCUGGGUUCGUGAAGCAAGAGAGGGCCGAAAAGUAAGUUCUGAAGGCUACUGGGAAGUAUGGCACAACGCUCACGCCCGUGCAGCCGACACUCGACUUACGUUCAAACGAUCCACUUGUGCGCGUCAUAGAGCUUUAAGAGUUCGUUGCAAAGACUUAGACUGCGGGAUACGACCUCAUGCAGAUGCGCAAACACCCAGGGCAGUUAAUUACGAGCGCGUCCGGUGGGGCAGGGUGGUGGGCGGCGGCGGUGCUGCGGCGGGCGCCUGGCCCUGGCAAGCGGCUCUCUACCGAGACGGCGACUUCCAGUGCGGCGCUACCCUCAUAGCAGCCGAAUGGCUCCUGUCUGCUAGCCAUUGUUUUUAUCAAGCGACGGAAGCUCAUUGGGUUGCCAGAUUAGGCGCAUUGCGUCGAGGAGCGUGGCCUCGAGGACCAUGGGAAAGAGUUGCACGUGUUAGACAAGUGGUCUUGCACCCUCGAUAUGCACCACGGGGCUUUAGGAAUGAUAUAGCGUUAUUACGUAUAGAUCCACUAGCCUUACACGCCCGUCUUCGACCAGCUUGUCUGCCGCCGUCACGAGCCCAGCCUCCAGCCGGACACUACUGCACUGUUGUUGGAUGGGGACAACUGUAUGAACAUGAGCGAGUUUUCCCGGACACGUUGCAAGAAGUUGAAUUGCCAGUAAUCUCGACGGCUGAAUGCCGACGGCGCACAAGGCUACUGCCGCUGUACCGUGUGACCGACGAUAUGUUCUGUGCGGGGUACGAACGCGGCGGCCGUGACGCUUGCCUUGGUGACUCCGGUGGACCGCUCAUGUGUCAGGAGUCAGACAAAUGGUACAUAUAUGGUGUCACCAGCAAUGGCUACGGAUGCGCGCGAGCGAAUAGGCCCGGUGUCUACACUAAAGUAUCUCACUACGUCGAGUGGAUAGAUAGCGUUAUGGCUACGUAUACUCCCGUAAUAAACAAAACUACUCCACUGAGUGAAGAACAAAACGAAGAUUUCUACGCUGAUUUGGAAGUUGCAGAAAACAAAGGAGUUGGUCAUAAAACAUUCGACACGUGCAGAGGCUUUAGAUGUCCACUUGGUGAAUGCUUACCAGCGUCGAGCGUCUGUAACGGUUUCCUAGAAUGUUCAGACGGCAGCGACGAGUGGCAAUGCAGUGAACCUCCGAACUCUAGUAAUUUUAACCCAGAU